GGCCGUGUGAAACUACAACUCCCAUGAGCCUUUGCGCCUCGCUUCAUUCAUCCCUCGUCGGCAUCAUCGGAAACGGGCCACAAGGCGUCGUAGUAACCAAGCUGAACGGGUUACUAGAAACCAGAAGUCAUAUUCAGCAAAAUAUUACGUCAAUAACUCAACCGAGAGCGGCUCGAAAGCCCUGCCGCUGCGCUAAAUGCGCUGAGGAGGGAUUAAUCCACCUAAACCAGCAUCUCUGCUUCUGUCCCUCCGUUUAGAAGUAGGAUUUCUGGAUUUCGGAUGCGGUCGUUGAUGGUUUAGCGAUCCUUAUCACGAAACGAUCAGAUGAGUUCGCCCGAGUGUCAGCGGGAAUCGAUGAGCUUUGACUGAAAGUUGAAGCGCUUUUGGAGAAGGUGUGAUUCUCAGGGCGUCCGUUGAGCUUCAGGAGGCAAACACGGCGACAGAUCAGAUCAAUGUUCUGCUAAACACCGACUUGUGAUUGCCUUGAAUACGUCCAAUCCUGAAGGUGUUGAGGUUGUCCAGCUUGUAAAUGCAUGGAUGAAGAUGUAGAUGCACUUGGAUGUAGAUCAGCUAGUUGUUGGGUUGGUUAAUGGUUAUGGUUGCUUGAUGACACCCUCUGGGAUCUUGGGUGGUUUUUGUACAGGUGACCAUCUUCUAUUUUUAGUUAUGGUCCUCAUUCUGCAUGCAUGCACUUAAAGUGGACAUUGAAUGGUGGCAGUGCCAUAGGGUUGGUGUUGCCUAGUGGUUCAAGAUCUGAGCUGUUGACUGAAGGCUUGUGGGUUCCAACCCUAAAAGAGGUGAUCCAUCACCUUGACCCCAGAGUGACCGUCCUUCCAGAAAGUUUCCUGUUAGUCAGCUAAAUGAAUUUGUGAAUUAGAGGCCAUUAGAAACAUGGCAGAUAAGACGGCCCCUCGCUGCCAGCUGCGAUUAGAGUGGAUUCAUGGCUACAGGGGCCAUCAGUGCAGGAAUAACCUGUACUACACCGCUGGGAAGGAGAUCGUCUAUUUCGUGGCUGGAGUCGGGGUGGUUUACAACACCAGAGAACACACCCAGAAGUUUUAUUUGGGACACAACGAUGACAUCAUUAGUCUGGCUCUUCAUCCCGAUAAGAUCCAGGUGGCCACAGGUCAGGUUGGGAAGGAUCCAUACAUCUGUGUGUGGGACUCGUAUACUCUGACAACCGUCUCUAUACUGAGAGAUGUUCACACUCAUGGUGUGGCGUGUUUGGCCUUUGAUGCUGAUGGGCAGCGUUUGGCUUCCGUCGGCCUCGAUGCCAAAAACACAGUUUGUGUUUGGGACUGGAAAAAAGGGCGUGUCUUAGCCAGCGCAACGGGACAUUCUGAUAGGAUCUUUGAUAUUUCCUGGGAUCCGUUUAUUCAACACAGACUGGUGAGCUGUGGAGUUAAGCACAUUAAAUUCUGGACACUGUGUGGAAAUGCGCUGACGCCCAAACGAGGGAUUUUCGGAAAGACGGGGGACCUGCAAACGAUUCUGUGUUUAGCGACGGCAAAGGAUGAAGUGACAUAUUCUGGCGCUCUUAACGGAGACAUUUAUGUGUGGAAGGGACUGAACCUGACGAGAACGAUACAGGCAGCGCACGGAGCUGGGAUCUUCAGCAUGCACUCGUGUGAAGAAGGGUUCGCCACCGGUGGCCGUGAUGGAUGUGUUCGAUUGUGGGACAUAGACUUCAAACCUAUCACAAAGAUCGACCUCAGAGAGGUGGAGCAGGGCUAUAAAGGGCUGUCGAUUCGCAGCGUGUGUUGGAGAGCCGACCGGAUCCUGGCAGGAACUCAGGACAGUGAGAUCUUUGAGGUGAUGGUGAGAGACAGAGACAAGCCGCUGUUGAUCAUGCAGGGUCACUCGGAGGGGGAACUGUGGGCCCUCGAUCUGCAUCCCAAACAACCGCUGGCGGUCACCGGCAGCGAUGAUCGAUCCGUUCGACUCUGGAGUUUAUCUGAACACACGCUGAUCGCUCGCUGUAACAUGGAAGAAGCCGUACGCAGCGUUUCCUUCAACAAUGACGGUUCUCAGCUCGCUCUCGGGAUGAAGGACGGUUCUUUCACUGUUCUGCGUGUCAGAGACAUGACGGAGGUGGUUCACAUCAAGGACAGAAAGGAGGUGAUUCAUGAGCUGAAGUUUUCACCCGACGGCUCGUAUCUGGCCGUAGGCUCCAAUGAUGGGUUUGUGGAUAUCUACGCCGUAGCCCAGCGCUAUAAGAAGGUUGGAGAAUGCAGCAAGUCCACCUGCUUCAUAACUCAUCUGGACUGGUCUGUAGACAGUCGAUUCCUGCAGACCAAUGAUGGAGCUGGUGAACGAAUCUUCUACAGGAUGCCAACCGGGAAAUUCCUGCCAAAGGAGGAAGCCAAAGGAAUUCACUGGAUGACGUGGACGUGCGUUCUGGGACCGGAGGUGAACGGAAUCUGGCCCAAAUAUUCCAACGUUAAUGACAUUAAUUCUGUGGAUGCCAACUACAGCAGCGCAGUGCUGGUGACGGGCGAUGAUUUCGGUCUUGUCAAACUUUUGAGAUUCCCGUGUCUUAAAAAAGCUGCCAAAUUUAAGAAAUACAUCGGCCAUUCUGCCCACGUGACCAAUGUGCGGUGGUCACAUGACCUGCAGUGGGUUCUGAGCACGGGCGGAGCGGAUCACUCUGUGUUUCAGUGGAGGUUUCUACCUGAAGGAGUCAUGAACGGAGUUUUGGAGCCGCUGCUGCAAGAUGGAUACGCUGACUCUAACAGCGGUGAAUCUGACUCUGAUCUCUCAGAUGUUCCUGAGCUGGAUUCAGACAUUGAGCAAGAAGCCCAGAUGAACUAUGAACGCCAGGUGUAUAAAGAAGAUCUUCCUCAACUGAAGAAGAAGCUGGCCGGAUCUCUGAAGAGGCAGAGAGCUCCAGAUGAGGGCCUUCGCUUGCAGUUUGUCCAUGGUUACAGAGGUUGUGACUGCAGGAAUAAUCUCUUCUACACACAGACGGGUGAGGUGGUUUAUCAUGUGGCCGCAGUGGCCGUCGUCUAUAACAGACAGCAGCACACACAGAGGUUUUAUCUGGGCCACGAUGAUGAUAUUCUCAGUCUGACUGUACAUCCACUUAAGGACUAUGUGGCCACUGGACAGGUGGGUCGAGAUCCUGCUAUCCACGUGUGGGACAUUCAGACACUCAGAUGUUUGUCUCUUCUGAAGGGUCAACAUCAGAGAGGUGUAUGUGCGCUGGAGUUCACAGGAGAUGGUAAGAGUCUAGUGUCUGUGGGAAUAGAUGAAGAUCACUCUAUAGUCAUCUGGGACUGGAAGAAAGGUGAAAAACUGGCCAAAUCAAGAGGACACCGGGAGAAGAUCUUUGUGGUGAAAGCAAACCCGUUUCGCAUGGACAAACUACUCACAGUGGGCAUAAAACACAUCAAGUUCUGGUUACACACAGGAGGAGGAUUAACAUUCAAGAGGGGCAUUUUUGGAAAUCUUGGCAAACAGGAGACGAUGAUGUCCGCCUGCUAUGGACGUUCAGAAGAUCUGGUGUUCUCUGGAGCCACUAAUGGUGACGUCUACAUCUGGAAAGACACGACGCUCGUGAAGACCAUCAAAGCUCACGAUGGGCCGGUGUUUGCUAUGUGCUCUUUGGAUAAGGGUUUUGUGACCGGCGGUAAAGACGGAGUUGUUGAAUUGUGGGAUGACAUGUUUGAGAGAUGUUUGAAGACCUAUGCCAUCAAGAGAGCAUCUCUCUCCCCAUCAUCUAAAGGACUGCUUCUAGAAGAUAACCCCUCUAUAAGAGCCAUUACUCUCGGUCAUGGACACAUCCUGGUGGGCACCAAGAAUGGAGAGAUCUUAGAAAUCGAUAAGAGCGGACCCAUGACUUUACUGGUACAGGGUCAUAUGGAGGGUGAGGUUUGGGGUCUCGCUGCUCAUCCACUUCUGCCCAUAUGUGCCACGGUCAGUGAUGACAAGACAUUACGCAUUUGGGAGCUCUCGGCCAAUCACCGCAUGGUAGCUGUGCGCAAGCUUAAAAAAGGUGGUAGGUGCUGUGCGUUCUCACCCGAUGGCAAAGCCUUAGCAGUGGGUCUGAAUGACGGCAGCUUUCUAGUGGUGAACGCUGACACGCUGGAGGACAUGGUGACCUUUCACCACAGGAAGGAGAUCAUCUCUGACAUCAGAUUCUCUCAAGAUGCUGGGAAAUAUCUGGCCGUGGCAUCUCACGAUUCAUUUGUGGACAUAUAUAACGUUUUGACCAGUAAGAGGGUGGGAAUCUGUAAGGGGGCGUCCAGCUGCGUCACGCAUGUUGACUGGGACGUCCGUGGAAAGCUGCUUCAAGUCAACACCGGUGCCAAAGAGCAGCAGUUUUUUGAAGCUCCACGUGGAAGAAGACAAACGAUCAGCACAUCAGAGUUUGAGAAGAUGGAGUGGGCCACGUGGACGUCUGUGCUGGGAUCCACAUGUGAGGGCAUCUGGCCGACUCUUAGCUUUGUAAACGCUGCUUCACUUACCAAAGACAGAAAACUUCUGGCCACUGGAGAUGACUUUGGCUUUGUCAAACUCUUCAGCUUCCCCUGCAAGGGUCAAUUUGCCAAGUUUAAAAAGUACGUGGCUCACAGUGCCAAUGUGACAAAUGUGCGAUGGUCCAAUGACGAUGCAAUGCUGCUGUCAGUGGGCGGAGCUGACACGGCACUCAUGAUCUGGGCGAGAGAGGGGAUUGGUCCACGAGAAAGCAAAGCCGUAGACAGUGAGGAGUCAGAUGAUGAUGCGGAGGAAGAUGGAGGGUACGACAGUGAUGUGGCGCGAGAGAAGAACAUGGACUAUACUACUAAGAUCUACGCGGUCAGUAUAAGACAGAUGAUGGGUGUGAAGCCACACCAACAACAGAAGGAGGUUCAGGUGGAUGAAAGACCUCCGGUGAGUCGAGCCGCACCGUUACCUGAAAAACUAGUGAAGAACAACAUUACAAAGAAGAAGAAGAUCGUGGAGGAACUGUCUCUGGAUCAUGUUUUCGGUUAUAGAGGCUUUGAUUGUCGAAACAACCUUCACUACCUCAAUGAUGGAGCAGACAUCAUCUUCCAUACAGCUGCGGCAGCUAUCAUUCAGAACCUCUCAGCUGGUACUCAGAGCUUUUAUCUUGAGCACACGGAUGACAUUCUCUGUCUAACUGUCAAUCAACACCCCAAAUAUCAAAAUAUCAUUGCCACGGGUCAGAUCGGUGACAUCAUCGAUCUGACAGGUUUGGCGCCGUCCAUUCACGUUUGGGAUGCCAUGAGUAAACAGACGCUGUCUGUGCUCCGCUGUUCUCAUGCUAAAGGAGUCGGAUACGUCAACUUCAGUGCGACGGGAAAACUGCUGCUGUCUGUGGGUGUUGAUCCUGAACACACCAUCACUGUCUGGAGGUGGCAGGAAGGAAGUAAAGUUUGCAGUAAGGGCGGUCACAAUGAUCGGAUCUUCGUGGUGGAGUUCAGGCCGGAUUCGGACACGCAGUUUGUGUCUGUGGGAAUUAAACACAUUAAGUUCUGGACACUGGUGGGAGGAUCUCUGCUGUAUAAGAAAGGAGUGAUGGGAACGGUGGAAGACGGCCGGAUGCAGACGAUGCUCUCUGUAGCGUUUGGAGCUAAUAAUCUGACGUUCACGGGUGCUAUAAACGGAGAUGUGUACGUGUGGAGGGAACAUUAUCUUGUGCGUGUGGUUGCUAAAGCUCACACUGGACCUGUGUUCACCAUGUACACAACACUUAGAGACGGACUCAUAGUGACCGGAGGAAAAGAGAGACCGACUAAAGAGGGUGGUGCUGUGAAACUCUGGGAUCAGGAGAUGAAGAGAUGUCGAGCGUUUCAGCUGGAGACUGGACUUCCUGUUGAAACCGUCCGAUCUGUCUGUAGAGGAAAGGGGAAAAUUUUGGUGGGAACAAAAGAUGGUGAGGUCAUAGAGGUGGGAGAGAAGAACGCCGCCUCAAACACAAUGAUUAACGGACACACACAGGGACGGAUUUGGGGUCUGGCAACCCACCCAUCCAAAGACGUCUUCAUCUCUGCCAGCGAUGACGGAACCAUCCGGAUCUGGGACCUGGCUGAUAAGAAACUUCUGAACAAAGUCAACCUGGGUCACCCGGCCAAGUGUACGGCGUACAGUCCGAACGGUGAGAUGGUGUCCAUCGGGAUGGAGAAUGGAGAGUUUAUUGUGCUGCUGGUGAAUUCACUGACAGUCUGGGGUAAAAAGAGAGACCGCAGCGUGGCUAUACAAGACAUCCGGUUCAGCUCUGAUAACCGGAUGUUGGCUGUCGGGUCGGUCGAGUCUGCUGUUGACUUCUAUGAUCUCACUUUGGGUCCGUCUCUGAACCGGAUCGGCUAUUGUAAAGAUAUUCCUGGAUUUGUUAUUCAGAUAGAUUUUUCUGCUGACGGCAAAUACAUUGAGGUCUCUACAGGAUCAUAUAAGAGACAGAUUCAUGAGGUUCCCAGCGGAAAGAUCGUCACAGAUCAGGUCUUGAUUGACAGAAUCACUUGGGCUACCUGGACCAGUGUUCUUGGCGAUGAGGUUUUGGGUAUCUGGCCUCGUAAUGCAGAGAAAGCUGAUGUCAACUGUGCCUGCGUUUCUCAUGCCGGUCUGAACAUUGUCACCGGAGAUGAUUUUGGGCUCGUCAAACUCUUUGACUUUCCCUGCACGGACAAAUUUGCCAAACACAAGCGCUACUUCGGCCACUCUGCUCAUGUGACCAACAUUCGGUUCUCUUAUGAUGACAAAUAUGUGAUUAGUGUGGGAGGAAAUGACUGUAGUGUGUUUGUGUGGCGAUGUGUCUGAUGGCUCCUGCAGAGAUUCUUCUCUGAUACCUCCAGCGUUUGGAUGCUGCACUUUUAUUAUGCUGCAUUGAAUCCUUCUUCUCCAUAUGAUGAACUUUAUGUGCAACAAGUGUGUCGAGGGGCAAAAUGAUUUUUUUACCAUUCUGUGAAGUGCAAUGUUUACGCUUUCAUGUACACAAAAAAGAAAUCGAAAACUACCCAUAAUCAUGCCAAUUUUUCAUUAAUCUUUCUUUUUUCUGAAGUGCCUUGGAGACACAGUUUGCUGAUUUUUGCCCCACAAAUGUUAAUAUGAUAUAUAUAUACAUAUACUAUACUGUAUGGUGCUAUAUGGAAUAUUAUGUCCACUUAGAGCUUUUAAUUAUUUAAAGAAAAAAAAUUGUGCAUUAUGCAAUGGUUCUCGUUUCAUUUUUUUACAUUUUGUACAUAAAUAUUAUUCGCUCACUAAAUGCUCUUCCUGUUAAAAAUAUCAAAAUAUCCAAAUACAUGGGUCUCAGGAGCCUUUAAUGGCAAAAUGAAGUACUGUAAUGUGUAGAUGUUAUAUUUGACCUGUGCUAUUUUUGUUAAAAUACUUAUUUUUAUGUACGUAUUUAUGUAUGACGUAUGCAAAUUUAGUCAAGUCUUUGAACUGUUGCCGUAUAUGAAAAUUGCAAAAAAAAAACUGGCUGUCCAAAUCUAAAAGAGAUCUGAAGUGUCUGUAGUACUGUUGUCUGUUUUGACGUGUGUAGAUUGCGAUGCAAUGUUUGUAGCCAAUAUUGUGACAGCAGCUGUUUCUGAUGUGCAGAUAUGAAGUGAUAUAUCUGUCAUUUGUAUGUUGUUUUUGUAAUUUCUGUCUGACCAGAGCUAAAUCUAUCAGAAGAUAUAUAAUAAUGCAUGAUUUAAAGUCUGUGUGAUUGUUGAACAUGAAUGAAUAAUGUUGUUUUAUAAUUAAACACAACUAUGUGCUAUGUGA